CUCGAUUGUCCAGGUACCUCCCUACGAAGGCGGUUCGCCGACACAACACCAUGGGCAAGAAUAGGAAAUCUAAGCGGCAGCUGAUCCGUGACGAGAAGCGGGCCAAAAAGCGCGGACGCGAGCUCGCCGAGGAGGAAGAGCGCUCCGCCAAACGACAGCGCCAGCACGACGCCGACGGUCAACAGGAACUCUCCAACGACGACCUCUUCACUUACGACCCGAACGCCGAUUACAUCCCCUUUGACGAGGAAGAGGACGGCAACGAUGCAGCAGGAUACAAUGCGUCCGCAGCCCAUCCCCGCGCCCGUGGCGGCAACUUUGAGCGCGAGUUCUUCGGCAUGCUGGGCGAGCAGGAGCAGGAGUACUUCCGCCACGCCGACGAGCUGCUCGAGCUGAACGACUUCCCCUCCGCCGAGGAGCGCCACAUCUUUUUGCAGAACGUCUACCGCGAGGCCCGUGGCAAGGAGCUCAAGCUCGCCAGCAGCCAGUCGUGCUCGCGCCUCAUGGAACGCCUCAUCCUCUUAUCCACCCCCCGCCAGAAGAAGCGCUUGUUCGGCGCCUUUGCCGGCCACUUCAUGACCCUCGUCACCCACCGCUUUGCCAGCCACUGCUGCGAGAAGCUCUUUCUGAUGAGCGCCCCCGUCGUCACGGCCGAGCUGAGCGGGGAGGCCGACAAGGAUGUCGAGAUGGGGGACGCGGACGAUGACGAACCAAUGGCGCCCGAGAUUGCCGAGGCCGUGAAGACGUCGAUGGAGGAUUUGUUCAUGCUGACACUGGAUGAACUCGAAGAGCAUCUCUCGUUUCUGCUGUCGGAUCGGUACGGCUCCCAUGCGCUGCGAGUCUUGCUCGUGGUGCUCUCGGGGAGGCCGCUUGCCCAGGCCGGCACCAAGUCGCUACUUCAGGGCAAGAGCAAGGAGUACGUGACGGUGGAGGGCGCCUCGGCCGUGACGAGUGCUCUUAAUACGCAGACGAGGGCGGUCCCGUCGUCUUUCACGAUGGCGAUAGAGAAGAUCAUCAGCGACUCCACGGCUAGCAUGGAUUCGACGGCGCUGAGGGUGCUCGCCAAGCACCCUACCGGCAACCCGACCCUGCAGUUGUUGCUAGACUUGGAGCUGUCGCUCUCAAAAUCGAAGAAGUCAAAAAAGGAAGAAGGGAGUGGCAAUGCUGCCGAAGGCGAGGGCAGCGUGGUGUCUCUACUCGAGAGGCUCGUCCCCGGCGCUCCCGCCUCGUUCAGCGACGAGAAGUCGCAGGCGUGCGAAUUUGUCAACAGCAUGCUAUACGAUCCUAUCGGGUCGCGCCUCCUCGAGACCCUGAUUUCUCACUGCCCAGGCAAAGUCUUCAAGGGUUUGCAGGCCAACAUCUUCGCCCCGCGCAUCCAGAGCCUGCUGCGGAACGAUAUCGCCUCGUAUCCCGCCAUCAAGGUGCUCAACCGGCUGAACAAGGAAGACCUCGCCAAUGCAGUCCAGAAAGCGCUUCCGGAAAUUCCGUCCUUUGUCGAAAAGGGCCGCUUCAACGUGAUCAAGACUCUCUUCGAGCGCUGCAACGUGCGCGGUGCCACCGCCGAACUCGGUAGUCUCCUCCAAGCCCUCACGGCAGCAUGCGGCGGCAACUGGAAGCACAUUGUCCCGAAGCUCUGCCUCCUCUCCGAACCUGAACAGGAGCCCGAGACCAAGGAGAAGAAGUUCCAGACGCCAGAAGCCAAGAGCAAAGCUGCGCUCAUCUCCCACGGCAGCCAGGUCGCCACCGCGCUCCUCGACAUCCCGGGCCAGCCUUCGAAAGCGAUCCAGAACUCCCUUCUCGCCCUCUCGCCCGACCAACUCCUCCGCAUGGCCACCACCUCCCCUUCGACAGCGGCCAUUCUCACCAAGGCCCUCGCUACUCCGGCCCAGAUUCCACAUUUCCACAAGCUCCUUGUCGCCGCCCUACUCCCCAACAUCUUCACCCUCGCCACCUCCCAGCACGGCAACGGCAUCGUCACCGAGAUCAUUUCGACCCCGUCCAAGGGCGGCGGCGGUACUAGCUCGGAGGGGGCCGUGGUCGUGCCUUUCCACCUCAAGGAGAACAUCAUGGCACAACUGGAGCGCCAGGAGCGCGCGCUGCGCGAGACGUGGCUCGGGCGAAACGUCUGGCGCGCGUGGCGCGGCGACCUGUGGAGCCAUCGGCGGCACGACUGGGUGCGCUGGGCCAAGGAGACGGACCCGGAGGGGGAGAGGGUCGCGGGCAUGCCGAAGGUGUCCAAGCCGGGGGAUGGUGAGGAAGAAGGAAAGGGGAAAGGGAAGGCUGGGAAGGCGGCGGCAAAGGGGCCGGUGAGCGGGGGGAAGAAGAGUACAAGCGUCAACGGGGUGGCGGCUGGAAAGGGUGUCGGGCAAGAGCUCGGGACGAAAAGAAAGACCGAACCGAAAGCGGAAGGCAAGGUCGACAAAAAGGGGAACGAGAAGAAAGGGGGAAAGGAGGAAGAGGGAAAGGAGAAGCGAGGGAAAAAGGAGGGAGAGGGCAAGGAGAAACGAGACAAAAAGGAGGGAAAGGCCACAAAUGGCGAGAACGCUGACGAAGAUGUAAAAAAGGAGAAGAAGAAAAAGAAAAAGAAAGGCCUGGGAAAGGAAGGGGUGGAAGGCGAGGUAAAGGCGGCCUAGACGCUCGAUAUGAGCCAUGACUUGGUUCCCAGAUAGUAAGGGCAUGAUACCCAGAGUGCGCCCUGAAAGAAACAUUGGCUCGGCCAUCUCCCUGUCGCCCGUCGCCCGUCGCUUUCACGGGUCAAGCACGGCACCUUGCAUACCGGAAGGUGACCCGGAGUGACCCAGUCCAUCUUUACACGCAUCCGCCUGGGUGUUGUGAGAUGUAAUUCUGUGGUUCCCUUUUCGACAGCCAACAAGGUUAUGUUGGAAAUCCUUUCGGCUCUUUGACUCUUCACGCAUCCUGCUUCCCGGGCCGUGCGGCAUCCAUCGCUUUGGCCAGGAAUCAACGCGCCUCAAAGGUGGGAUUAGGAGCUGGUUGGCUUGCUCUCUGAUGGCUCAGCGUGUUUUUCCCUGACAG